AUGCAACAGCAUGAUCUCCCUGCACUAUUGCAUACCAAUGCCGAGGUUCUCACCUACUUCUUGCAUGCGAGAAAUCGGCAGUAUAUCCAAGCAAUCGACCUGGCCGGCAAGCGUUUGUCGGAAGUAGGACUUUUGCGCCGUCUCAAAGACAACAAAAUCCGCGUUCUUCUUGACGCCGGUGCGUUCAUACUCGAAAUGGACAAUCAAACCCUGGUCCAUCACCGGAAAGCAUAUUUGAAGUACUUGCAGCAGCUAGAGCAGCGAACCUUGGAGCAGCUGUAUGGACCCCGUAUAUUGAGAGGUGAUGAGAUCGCAUCUCAAUUGGAGGGCAAUCUUCAACUUUUUGGUAAGCUCAGAAGGUUUGUGGACAUCCUUGAGGACAAGUACCAUCCAUCCACCUCAGACAGGGAGUCUGUGCUACCUUCUGCAUUGGAAGAAGUAGAGCAACAACGCGAGGUUGCCAAUGAGGUUGAGCAGGAACGAGAGCUUCAGCGACCAAGUUUUAUUCAUGCUCUAGAGUUUCCAGGAUUGCAUCAGGUGAUCCAAGAUUUCGUUGAAACCGGCUUCCUCAGUGGCGACGACGUCUGUCCGCAAGCUUGCACUGUCAUAACAUCAACUCGGCUCUGGAAGAAACAGAUGAUUGAAACCUUUUCAUUGAUAUCCCACGUCUUCUUAUCGCCUGAAUUUGCUAGGACUGUUCGACUGGGUACUGAACAUGAGUCUGAUAACUUUAUUCGUCCUGUGAACUGGGUUCUUUUAAGCAUGCGUUCGGAUGUCGCCCUGGUCAUUAUACCAGAAGAAGCAGAGUUGGUCAUUCCUAUAUUACGCGAACAGGCAGACCCGCCUACGCACCUGCUCCUAUAUGCGGCGCCCUUCACGAAACGGAUGCUUCAUUUCAACCGCCUAGACUACUACUCACUUCCUCGUCUACCUAUCAAAUGGAGUCCACCGUCUUGGCUCCCAUUCGAACUUGGGAUUUUAGCCGGGAGGUUUUAUUUGGCAUUUGCGGAAUGCCAAGAUUUUCAGCAUCGAAUCCAUGCUAGCUCUGGCCGCACAAGUGAAAGUGACCGACUCCCGAAAAGCACUUCAAUCGAGGUGGAAAGUAUUUUAUCCUUCCUACAGGAGUGGCUGAACUUACGUCGCCCGGGGCAAGAUAUUUCCCAUACGCCAAUGGGAUACAUCUGCCAGGGUCUCACACUCCGCAGUGACCAUCACUUCUUCGCAAGCCCUGCGGAGGCCGAAAUAAGUGCUAUUGUGAAUGGCGAUAUGGUUUAUGCGCCUUGUCUCCUGUACGACGAUGAAGAAUCAGACAGUGUAAGCGAUGGAGAAGUCACAAUUGUGGACCAAAUAGUGGAGGAAAAGAAUGAAUCAGACUAG